AUGACCCGAGAGAAGAUCUCGUCCACCAAGCGGGACAGCGGAGUGCAAUCCUUAAGCAAUUUGAGGUUCUCGCUCAUCUCUUGGGAUCCAUAUCAUCUGAAAAGGCGUUCCUCGAGAGUGAAACGAGAGGGAGGCUGGGCUUAUCCAUGGGACUUGCCUUGCCGGUCCAUCAGGUUUUGCCCUGCCAUCUCCGGCGAGGCUCCAUAUCCGUGA